UAAAUCAUUAACCAUUGAAGGGAAGUUUUUCUUACAAAGAUUAGUGUAAAGAUAAAAGAAAAAGACAAAGUAGAAAAAUAAAGGGGAAAUAAAGAGAAAUGGAAUGCAAUUCUAACUUUUUUACAGUGAGACGACGUCGUAUGAAAUGAAAGUGAUGGAUCGACUGUCUAACUUGAAAUCAACAUUUCCCGAUCUGCUGGUCAAUCGAAGAUUUCCUUUCUUGAUUUUCUUUCGAGCUUUUGCUGUGAGCAAAAGAAAUGGGGCUUCUUAGUAUCAUUCGAAAAAUCAAGAGAAAAGAGAAAGAAAUGCGAAUUCUUAUGGUUGGGCUUGAUAAUUCAGGGAAGACAACAAUUGUUUUGAAGAUCAAUGGAGAGGACACAAGCGUCAUCAGUCCCACACUUGGCUUCAACAUCAAAACCAUCACCUACCAAAAAUAUACUCUGAAUAUAUGGGAUGUAGGGGGUCAAAGAACUAUAAGGUCAUAUUGGAGGAACUAUUUUGAGCAAACUGAUGGUUUGGUGUGGGUUGUUGAUAGCUCAGAUCUUAGAAGAUUAGAUGAUUGCAAAAUGGAACUUGAUAAUCUUCUAAAAGAAGAGAGGUUAUCAGGGGCAUCCUUGUUGAUACUAGCUAACAAACAGGACAUUAAGGGUGCUCUUACACCAGCUGAAAUUGCCAAAGUGCUAAACCUGGAAGCUAUGGAUAAAACAAGGCAUUGGAAAAUUGUAGGCUGUAGUGCAUACACCGGUGAAGGGCUUCUCGAGGGAUUUGAUUGGUUGGUUCAAGAUGUUGCUUCCCGGAUCUACAUGCUUGAUUAGCCUGAAUCUGAUUGAUGUAAAAUGCUAUAAUGCUUCAUUUGGGAGCAUAGAUUUAGUGCCAAGGAUUUUGAUUUAAAUUUAAAAAUUUGAAAUACAUUCUUGCAUUUUGUAUUUAACAAAUCCAUUCAGCUUGAACACUCUGUGUUCUGAUAUUUCUGUGCCAAUGGAUGAUCUCAGCUAUUCCUUAUCAUUUUUCUCCUUCACUCUUUCCUUCUUACUCCAAUUGAUAAGUAAUCUCUCUCUAGCAAUUCAUGUAAGACUCUCUCUUUGAGAAGCUUUGGGUGUUUUAUAGAGAGAAAAUAUGCUAUUGAGUGGAUUUGUUGUCACGACGGAGUUGAGAAUUAAGUUAGAUUCGA